UAUUGGGGUCUCCCUUCCCCUAGUAACGAUUUCCAGUUAUAGAAAGGCGCUGGAGACCCGCCUUUUGCUACUGUCACUCAGCUUUAUGUACCUAAGCAUCACCAGGGACACCAACGAGAAGUUAUGACACGUGACUUGCUGGCAGAACCUAUUUGAGACAUUAGACAUUUUUUAGUGUAACUUAGUAACGUCAGUUACACCCCUCGAGACCUUCACCAGCUUUUGCCCUCUAUUUUAAUCGGAUACGCUUAUUUCAAACGAUGUUUGCAUAUUUCUUAAGCAGUUCACAGAAAAAAUCAAAAUGAUGGUUUUCUCUGUUUAUUUAAGUGUUUAAAUGCAUAGAUCAUAGAUUGACUAAUUCUAGUCGAGCCAAAACAGACCAAAAAAUGGGAGUCGCAGGCAAUGUUGGUUGUAUAGAGUAGAAGAAGUAGACUGUUUUUUCUUUUACUUUCUAGUAUUCGAUGGGGACGCCUACAUCAUUAAAGAUGGUACACGAGUCGGACUGCGAUUUUUGGUUGUGUUGUUCGAUAAUUUAGAUACAUAUAUAAAUCAAUUGUAAAAAUCUUUCUUCUGUUCAUUUGGGAAACAAUUAUGGAGCUGAAAAAGUUUCUCAUGAAUAAUGAAAAGAUUGUCCGCCUAUUUAUUUCCCCAACUGCGCUACCGUACAAAGGUAAACACAGGUAAAACGUCAUGACUGAAUGCGCGACCAAUGCCAGAUGUGUGUCCCUAAAGAUAACUACCUGAUCUUUGUUGUGCAAUAUUAUCGAUAGACCCAAUUACGCGUUUAUUCUUCGUCGACAAAGGUGUGUUUACGACUCUGUGCAAGGGCUCCCGAAAGAUAGGAAGCCAACACGGUGUGCGUACCUGGAUAGGUUACACUGGUUAUGCACGACAUGAUUUUAUUGAUUUAGUUUGUUGUUAUUUUUUGAAUCCGGGUAUUUAAUACAAAAAAUGGAGGAGGUAGAGGAAAAAGAAGACAAACCUAAUUUCUUUCGCCGCAUGAGUGUCAGAUUGUCAAAAAGAAACAAGAAAAAAUCUGCUGGGAGAUUUGAAGAAAUAACCAAGCCCGCGGGUUACGAACAUGAAGAUCUUCACAAAAUCAUGAAACGCCUGAAGGAGGAAAUCAGUGCAUUGAAAAAACUGCAUCGUGAUUGGGAGCAGACGACCAAACGGCCAAAGCUGGACCACGACUUCCGGGAGCACGUAGAGCACGUGUAUACCUAUGCCAGCAUGAUAGCAACGCGGAUCGGGGUGGCCACAGUGCAGAAGGAAAUGACAGACGGUUACGAAAACGAAAUUGCAAAGCUCAAAGACGACAUCAGGGACCUCAGAAGGAGCAACUACAAUGACAAACGUCUUCAAGAUAGAGAUUUUGAAAUCCAGCGUUUAAAACGUGAAAUAGAAACUCUACGUAGUGAAAUCCGACUUAAGCGUCAAUCUGACUCGGACCAAGGCCCAGCACCGGAACAUGAACACAGACGAUACUCUCGAGGUCGUCUACCUAAGAAAGAUGAAAACGGGGCUCCUGAUACGUCAAAGUAUAUAAUUCACGAUCUGAAAGAUAAAACAGAGAAAUUAACCAGGGAAGUCGAAAAACUCAAACAGGAAAAGUCAGAACUGGAAAAACAACUAGAGGAUACGGUUUUUGAUAAUAAAGAGUUGUCAAAACGUAACGCUGGUGCUUUGAGAGAAAUGCAUUGUGGAUAUAAUGCUAGCAAAACCGAGGAUGGUGAAACUGAGCAGAAUUUGGGUGAAGAAGAACAGUCAAUAUCAUCUCUGAGUUCUGUGGAGGAUGAAAAGAAAACUCAACAAGAUUUCGCCAAUAAAGAAAAGAGAUUACUUCAGAAAAUAGAAAACUAUGAGAAAGAAAAUCGAAAAUUUGAAAAACAACUUCAGGAGAAAGAACAUGCUGAGAACCAGAGGAAAAAUGAAAUCCAAAGACUACAGAAAAGCCUUCAAGAGGAGCGCAAGGCAAAAGAAAAUGCAUUGGACAAAUAUAAAGAAAAACCACCUCGGAAUCAUGAGUCUAACAGUGCUUUAGUGAUGGACUUAAGCGACCCCAACCGAUCACUGAAAAUUGCAGAGAGAUUUAAUGAAAUCUACGACAACCAGUGGAAUAUUGCAGUUGAUAAAUUAGAAGGGCUAGGAAUAGAGGAAGAAAAAGGGAUAAAAAUUCUUUUAGAUAUCAUCACGACAAUCUAUAGAAAAUGUGAGUCUUAUGAGAAAGGGCAGUGUGCACAGAUUGAAGCUCUUCUGCUCAACCCAUUAUUUACACCAACUACAAAAUCAAGCAAUUGUACGAGCGAGGAAUCGAUGGAAGUUUUCCAUGAAGUUCUACAAUCAGUCCGAAGCAGCAGGAAACAGUUAUCUGACAGAACUGUCAACAUUCUAAAAGAGAGAAUUAAGGAGGAUCUAUCAAAAGACUUGUUAAAUGUUGACCAAUUAACUGCGUGCAGUGAGUACAUAGACACGUGUGUCCAGUGUUGUUGGUUAAUGGUCAUUCAGGACCCCCCUAUAUUCAUGGAAUGGGACCUCACAAACGGAGUGUCAAACUUUGAUAAAGACCUACUGAAAUCCUACACCAAAACUGGUAACACUGUUGAGUAUCUGGUCUGGCCGGUGUUGUAUCUCCAUAAGGACGGUCCCUUGCUCUGUAAAGGAGUCGCACAGGGACACAAUAAAACCAUUAGCAAUGAAAGCGAAGUAUGAGGCACCAUUAUUACUUGUAUUACAGGAAUGGUUGGUGAUAUUGUAAGGACCCGAUCAUGACGGAAAUGGACGAUUCUUCAUCCUUGGACAUUCAUAAUGUAAAUGUUGUACCUGUAUGUAUGCAGUCUCAUUUUUGGAGCCGGAUAAAUUGGAAUUGUACUGAAUCGUUUUAACCUAUAUACUUGUUUUUAUUUUAAGAUCUGAACUUGCAUGUGUUCAAAACUACUAUGAAAACAAUAAGUGUUUUUAUUUGUUAUGCAUCUUAGGUGAUGUGUUGUUGUGUGUCCCUAGAUAAGAUUUUAAAUUAUUUAUCAAUCAAACUUGCUAGAUGUUUGGUAAUUAUUAACGUGAUUAUAUGCAUAUGCUGAAGCCUAGAUUCCAAAAUGCAUAUUGUGUCUGUUGUUGAAAACUGUUGCCGACUUUAAUGUGUCUGUCAGUGUACAUUAUAUUUGAGGAUGUUGUAGUUUCAAAAGAGGUUAGGUUUAGAAUCUUUGAAAAAUGAUUGAACUUCAUUGUUGACUGAUGGGUGAUGAAACCGUGGGCAUUGAAUAAAACGUAUACCAUACA